AUGCUAGACAUUAAAUCCCGUCGCCAUCAUCUUUUCAAGAUGCCAUUGCCUCUCUUCGGCAAAUCGCACAAGUCACCAGCCGAUGUGGUGAAGAACUUAAAAGAAGCUCUUCUACUAAUCGAGCGCGGUGACCGGCGUAGCGAUAAAGCCAUCGAAGAGGUGUAUAAAUGGCUCCAAAUGGUCAAGGGUAUAAUCUACGGCCAAGAGGGGCAGGAACCGAAUUCAGAACAGGUCGCCCAGCUGGCCCAGGAAACCUACAAUGCCAACGUUCUACCGAUGCUUAUCAAAAAUUUGUCAAAACUCGAGUUCGAAAGUAAAAAGGACGUCGGCCAAAUUUUCAACAACCUGCUCCGCCGGCAAAUCGGCACCCGGUCACCCACAGUGGAAUAUUUGUGUGCCCGGCCAGAGAUGUUGAUCACCCUGGUGAAUGGCUACGAAGUCCCGGACAUUGCCUCGACGUGUGGAUCCAUGCUUCGAGAAUGUAUUCGACAUGAUCAUUUGGCAAAGGUCCUGCUCCACCACGAGACUUUCUACAAAUUUUUCACGUACGUCGAGGUUUCGUCGUUUGAUAUUGCCUCAGAUGCCUUCUCCACAUUCAAGGAUCUCAUCACAAAGCACAAGAACCUCUGCGCCGAGUUCCUCGACACCAAUUACGACAAAUUCUUCGGUGAAUACCAGAAGCUGUUGAAUUCGGAGAACUAUGUGACCCGGAGACAGUCGUUGAAGCUCCUCGGCGAGCUUCUCCUCGACCGGCAUAACUUCAACGUUAUGACGCGGUACAUCUCCAACCCCGACAAUUUGAAGCUGAUGAUGAAUUUGCUGCGGGAAAAGUCGAAGAGCAUCCAGUUUGAGGCUUUCCACGUUUUCAAGGUGUUCGUCGCCAACCCCAACAAGCCGCGCCCAAUCGCCGACAUCCUGCUCCGGAAUCGGGACAAGCUCGUCGACUUCCUCUCCAACUUCCACAACGACCGGACCGAGGACGAGCAGUUCAACGACGAGAAGGCCUACCUCAUCAAGCAGAUCCAGGAGAUGAAGGCC